AUGUGGAGUGGAAAGAGGCUCGCUUGCAGUCUGCUCGCUUUACUGGGUCGUGCCCAUGCUCGUGAAGCUUUCCCGGGGCGAAUCCUGGAUCGCGCGACGGAGAUUUUGCCAAAGUAUGACUAUGUUGUAGCUGGAGGAGGCCUGGCUGGGCUUGUUGUAGCAAGUCGACUGGCGGAGGAUCCAGGGAUGACGGUCCUCGUUAUCGAAGCUGGCGGCUUCGCGGAGAAUGAAGAUUGGAUCACCAUUCCCCUCGUGUCGUCGGGGAAUGUACCUUCGGUUGGAAAUGGGCCCAGAGGAUCGAAAUAUGACUGGAACAUGACCGGUGUUCCUCAGCCAGAGCUAGGCAAUCGCUCGAUCAAAGCCCCAGCCGGUAAAGUCAUAGGCGGUGGAACGAUUUUGAACGGGAUGGUGUUCAAUCGUGGAUCGAAGUCAGAGUAUGACCGUUGGGAGUUGCUGGGGAAUCCCGGAUGGAAUUUUGAGAACUUGCUGUCUUAUUUCAAGAAGUCGGAGAAGUCAACUCCGCCUAGUUUGAAGCUGGACUUGGAAGGCUGGGCCGUUGGGUACAAUCCUGCGUAUCAUGGUAGACACGGACAGGUGCAGUCAAGUUUUGCUCCCUUUGUUUGGCCCUCAACAAAGAACUUCAUAAACGCAAUGAGAGAAUUGGCUGUAACAGUUAUCUACGAUGCAAUGGGAGGAGAUGCAGCCGGCGCUUAUUGGUUCACUCAGUCGGUAGAUCCAGAAACCGAAACGCGCUCAACUGCUCAGGAAUUCGUUACCCCGAGCAGACCUAACCUACAUCUCUUGAUUCGCAAUAGAGUCACAAGAGUUAUACUAGAUUCCGGCAGGGCCAAGGGCGUAGAGUUCUCGACUGGCAAAGAUGCUGUAAAGAACACCGUCCAAGCCUCGCGGGAAGUGAUCCUGUCGGCUGGGGCACUCCACACCCCCCAAAUCCUCUUGCUCUCCGGGAUCGGCGAAGCAGCACAUCUUUCGAAAAUAGGAAUUCAAGUUGCGGUUGACCUUCCGGGUGUUGGGUCGAACUACCAAGACCAUUUACUCCUGUUCACGGGCCAAACCGGCAGGUCACCCUUGACGCUUGACGGCAUAUUACUGACUUUGCUCGGGACAGUGGAUAUCGCACCCAGCAUUGGAAACUUCAGCAACCUUACCUGGGCUUCGGAGCAGCGUGCCAUAUACGAUUCCACCAGAGGCGGUCCAUUUGCCACCAUCGGCGCUAACUUCCUCGCCUUCCUCCCCGUAGAAUCAUUCUCGAAUGUGACAUCUAUGUCUCUAGCUGCCGCAGCUCAACCUUCAACACAUCACUUGUCAUCAGAAACGCCACCUGAAGUUCGAGCAGGAUACGAAGCACAAUAUGCCCUUCUUAGCAAAGGCCUCUCCUCGUCCUCGGUAGCAUAUAUGGAGUUCAUCUUCGAUGACAUCGCAAUACUCCCAGCUCUCCAACAACCCUUCAGCCGCGGCACCGUCUCAAUCAACAGUACUUCUCCCUUCGACGACCCCGUGAUCGAUGCUCGGUACCUGAGCAACCCUCUUGAUCUUGCCCUCAUGGUAGAAGCCGUCAAAUACGCGCGCACGAUCAGAGAUACCGAUGCCAUGCAAGCCAUAAAUGCGGUCGAAACCUAUCCCGGAGCCCAAGUAACGACAAGUGAGCAGAUCGAGGCGUUUGUCAGAGCGGGUAUUGAUACCGAACAUCACCAUGCCGGGUCCGCUUCCAUGCUUCCGAGAGAGCUCGGUGGGGUAGUUGAUCCCGAGUUGAGGGUCUAUGGUGUGCAGGGCUUACGGGUUGUCGAUGCAAGCAUAAUACCGAUGCUCCCAGCCGCCCACUUGCAGGCCACCGUGUACGGAGUUGCUGAGAAAGCGGCAUAUUUAAUUCGGAAACGUCAUUAA